UCUGGCAAUUGUAUUCAUUAAAUUAGGCAUUCUGGUAUAAUUAGUAAACGGAUUCACUUUUAACUCCGUAGAGAGGAUAUAAUUUGCGUAUUUCCUUCCUUAUCGUAAGUACUUACCGCCAUUUGCGUUUCAUUUACUUAUUGAAGUGUAUUUUUUCUUUAGGUUCGGUUGUGUAUAACAAUACGACAAUUUUCCAUCCACAAUUGUUGCUUCAUCUAUAAUGUAAUGAGCCCCCGUAUUUAAGAGGUAUGUACAUUUUAGGGUAUCAAAAAGAGGGGUUACCUUUGAUUUCUUUUAGGGUUUUAAUUUUAGUUCAAUCUCAAAUUUAAUUCAACUGUAAGGACCAUCUGUUGAGGUACGACUAUGCAACCUUGGGUUAAAUUCACUGUUGCCAUGACAUAUCUUCCACCUGCUCAAUGUUCUAAGUAUAAGUAUCUAUCGCCAACUAUCACCCUUCUGGUAUAGUUGUGUACUGGAUAUUAGUUCUAACUUCUACAACUGUUUGUGUCUGGGUAAAAGGUACGGUUUUGCUGGGGCCGUCGACGGCCGCCGUUUACAGUGGCCAAGGAAACCACGUCCAUAAUAAAUAACGAUGUGCAGUGGUCCGUCGACGGCUCCAGCAACCAUGGUAACGACAGGAUGCGUACAUGGACUUGCUUUCAAAAUCAAGUUAGUAACAAAAACCGAUUUUUGAAAAACGUCAAAUUAAGAUGAACACUUUCUUAAUCAAAAGAUUAUUGCACAUCGGCAGAAAUAAGGCAUACUCAAAGAAGGCAACGGGACCGAGCGCGUCAUAUACGGUUUACGAUCACAUAUACGAUGCCGUGGUUGUGGGCGCCGGAGGUGGCGGUUUACGAGCCGCUUUCGGUUUGGUGGCGUCGUGCUACAAGACGGCAGUGAUUACGAAGAUGUUCCCCACGCGAUCGCACACCGUCGCCGCUCAAGGUGGCAUCAACGCCGCUAUAGGUAGUAUGGGCGAAGAUCAUUGGGAUUGGCAUUUUUACGAUAGCGUGAAAGGUUCGGAUUGGCUAGGCGAUCAGAACGCUAUUCACUACAUGUGCGAAAAUGCGCCGAAUGCGAUACUGGAGCUCGAGAACUACGGUAUGCCGUUCUCGCGUACGAAAGAGGGAAAAAUUUACCAGCGCCAAUUUGGUGGACAGUCACUUAAUCGGGGAACAGGAGGGAUAGCUACCAGAACUUGUGCUGUGGCCGAUCGGACUGGACAUAGUAUGCUUCAUACGCUCUACGGCGAAUCUCUGAAGUAUGAUUGCCAUUACUACAUCGAAUACUUCGUAAUUGACAUAAUGAUGCAUAAGGGUGCUUGCGUUGGAGUCGUGGCUUUGUCAAUGGACGAUGGGACUUUGCAUCGAUUUUUUGCUAAAAGCACUGUAAUCGCGACUGGUGGAUUCGGAAGGACUUACGCCCAAUGCACGGGUGCACAUAUGUGUACUGGUGACGGUAUCGGAAUGUUGACACGUGCCGGAAUGCACAUGCAAGACAUGGAAUUUAUUCAAUUUCAUCCAACUGGAAUAUACGGAAGCGGUUGCCUGAUGACCGAAGGAUGCAGAGGAGAGGGUGGUUUUCUGGUUAACGGAAAGGGGGAACGGUUUAUGCAAAACUACGCCCCUAACGCUUUGGAAUUGGCUUCUAGAGAUGUUGUAUCUAGAGCAAUGACAAUCGAAAUUCGGGAGGGGAGGGGAUGUGGCAAGAACAAGGACUACAUACAUCUGCAACUGCACCAUCUUCCCAAAGAGACUUUGACAGUACGACUUCCCGGCAUUACGGAGACUGCAAAAAUCUUCGCCGGAGUGGAUGUUACCAAAGAGUCUGUGCCGGUAUUACCGACUGUUCAUUACUGUAUGGGAGGAAUACCUACGACUUAUAUGGGCGAGGUAUUAUCAAAACAAGGCGAAGAUUUCUGCAAAGUGCCCGGAUUGUAUGCUUGCGGAGAAAAUGCUUGCGCCAGCGUACACGGUGCCAAUCGGUUAGGGGCCAAUUCUCUUUUAGAAGUCGUCAUAUUUGGCCGUGCUUGCGCCCACGCCAUUAGAAACAAUUGUAAACCUGGCGACAAGAUUGGAGAUAUUUGCAAGGACAUUGGGGAAGAGUCUAUAGCUCUUCUUGAUAAUGUGAGGUAUGCGGAGGGUUGUACAUCGGUGGCGCAACUUCGCUUGGAGAUGCAGAAAAUUAUGCAGGACGACAUGGCCGUGUUUAGAAUUGAGGAAUCUCUACAAAAGGGAGCGAAGGAUAUAGUCGAACUUUACUGCCGUUUGUGCGAUAUGAAGGUAACAGAUCGCGGACUUAUUUGGAACUCGGAUUUGACUGAAGGCCUCGAACUUAAAAACCUCAUGCUGUGUGCCGUACAAAUAGCAACUGGCGCAGCAAAUCGAAAAGAAUCUAGGGGCGCCCACGCGAGAGACGACUAUCCAUUAAGAGUGGACGAGUAUGAUUAUUCAAAGCCCAUCGAGGCUCAAGAAAAGAAACCAUUGUCUGACCAUUGGAGAAAGCAUACCAUUACAACUAUGGAUCACGAAACUGGCGAAUGUAAACUAUCGUAUCGACCUGUAAUCGACCACACGCUUCGCGAAGACGUGCCUUGGAUUCCACCAGUACUUCGCAAAUAUUAAAAUUUUGUUCAGUUUUGUGUCUUCAAAUUAUAUUUUUGCUCAUUUAA